AUGCAUCUGCUCACGGCAGCGAGGUCGCUCCUCGCCGCGGCCCUGGCCUUCCAGGUCGCCUCGGCACACAACAUCGUCCUGCCCGCCCACGGCCUCGAGUGCUUCCACGAGAACCUGCACCGCGACGACAAGAUGACCGUCACCUUCCAGGUCGGCGAUCGCGAGUUCGGCAGCGCGGGGAACCUUGACAUUGACUUCUGGAUUGUCAACCCCUCAGGCGGCUACGAGGUCAACGAGAAGACCGUCUCCAACGGCGACCACUCCUUCACCGCCAAGACUGACGGAAAGUACACGUACUGCUUCGGCAACCAGCACUGGGGCGCCAACAGCAAGGAGGUGUCGUUCAAUGUCCACGGCAUCGUUUACGUCAGCGAGUCUGAGAUGCCCUCCGAUCCCAUCGAGUCUGAAGUCCGCCGUCUGUCCGAUCUCCUCGCCCAAGUCAAGGACGAGCAGUCUUAUAUCGUCGUCCGCGAGCGCACCCACCGCAACACCGCCGAGAGCACCAACGCCCGCGUCAAGUGGUGGAACCUGUUCGUCAUUGGCGUCGUCAUUGGAGAGUCCCUGUUCCAGGUCUGGUGGCUGCGGCGCUUCUUCGAGGUCAAGCGGGUCGUCUAA